GAGAGAACGCAGGUACAGGUACAACAGCAGCAGCUGCAGCAGCACUUCAGCCACAGCAUCACAGAAAACACACUGAACUGAAAGAAGAUGGAAACAGACAGAGUGAAUUUCCCGCCAGUAAGAAGUCCUCCUUUCAGAGAUGAGCUAAGACAAGCAUCGCGGCACAGUUUCUACUUAAACCCACCUCCGCUUUAUAUUAAGCCCCCAGAAUUCUCCCCCACCAGUUAUCCCAGCAUAUCACCCACCACAGACACCUACGCUGCAUUCAGCCCACCUGCUUUCUUUCCCAUGCUCGGCCCAGCUUAUACCCAAAAGGAAGGAUCUCAAAAACGCAAAAGAACUCCUUUUAAAAUGGACGCCACAGGAGGUGACUCUUCUGACAGAGGAGCAGAGGAGGCAGACGAAAGCAGCAGUAAGAAGUCAGUGAACCACAUGCCCUACUCCCUCUCGCCUCACCCCAUUCCUUCUUCAUCUCUAAAGCCCAUCCCUGGUAUGAUUGAGCUAAACAGACUGCAGCUCCAUCACAGAUCGCCAGGAAUAAUUCUACCUGAGCAGGUGAAACAGGAGCCUGUCAGUCCUUCCCCUGUUUGGCCUCCUUCUCCUCUCCUCCUCCACCCUCCCUACUUCCCGUCUCUCCACCACAGCCUCCUUCCAUACCCCUUCUUCAUGCCCGGCCAUGUCAUGCACCUCUCCCCUGGUUCUUUCUACCCAAGAGAGGAACUCCGCCCCAGGCAUCGAAGUCGUGAGGGACCUCCUCGCAGUGGGACGACCACUGCUGAAAAGCUCGGUCUCAACGUCCACGUGGAUGACAGUUAUUAUGUAGACGUGGGAGGCGACCAGAAGAGAUGGAAGUGUCGUAUGUGUGAGAAGUCCUACACCUCCAAGUACAACCUGGUCACACACAUCCUGGGGCACAACGGCAUCAAGCCACAUGGCUGCCACCUGUGUGGGAAGCUGUUUAAGCAGCUGAGCCACCUGCACACACACCUGCUCACUCACCAGGGCAUGAGACCCCACAAGUGCCAGGUGUGCCACAAGGCCUUCACUCAGACCAGCCACCUGAAGAGACACAUGAUGCAGCACAGUGAUGUGAAGCCGUACAGCUGCAGUGUGUGUGGCCGAGGUUUUGCUUACCCCAGUGAGCUUCGCGCCCAUGAGCUGAAGCAUGAGAAAGGCCAGGAGAACGUAUGUGUUGAGUGUGGUCUGGAUUUCCCCACGCUGGCCCAGCUGAAGAGGCACCUGACAGCCCAUCGUGGCCCCACCCUGUACAGGUGUGCAGAGUGCCAGAAGACUUUCCAGUACCCGAGCCAGCUUCAGAACCACAUGAUGAAACACAAAGACAUCAGACCGUACAUCUGCAGUGAGUGUGGGAUGGAGUUCAUCCAGUCACACCACCUGAAACAGCACACGCUCACCCACAAAGGGGUGAAGGAGCACAAGUGUCGCAUCUGUGGUCGUGAGUUCACCCUGUUGGCCAACAUGAAGCGCCAUGUCCUCAUCCACACCAACAUACGGGCCUACCAGUGCCACAUGUGCUUCAAGAGUUUCGUCCAAAAACAGACUCUCAAGGCUCACAUGAUUGUCCACUCGGACAUCAAGCCCUAUAAAUGCAAGCUUUGUGGGAAGGAGUUCAACAGGAUGCACAACCUAAUGGGACACAUGCAUCUCCACUCAGACAGCAAACCAUUCAAAUGCCUUUACUGCCCGAGCAAGUUCACGCUGAAGGGAAACCUCACCAGACACAUGAAGGUCAAACAUGGCGUCAUGGACAGAGGGCUGGAUGAAAGAUUGUUUAGGCAAAGAGGACGAUUCUGCCUGUCCACUCCCAUGGGCCUCCUCAGCCACUUCAGCCAAGAGGAGCCAUUUGACCUUUCCCAGAAGCCCCCGGGCCUGCCCAGCCUCCGCCACUCGCAGUCUGAUGGCGAGAGCGUCCCUGGAAGCUCAUGUCAGGAGGAGGAUGAGGAGAGUUUGUACAGAAGGAGCCAGUACAGCCCUGAGGUGGACCAACAGGAGCCGGCAAGUGAGGACCAGUACAUCCGUGAGCUGGAGGAGAGAGGGCAGCAGUCUCCAGAUGAACUAAGGUCCGGGGAGGAGCAGAAACAAAUGUAUCAGCGUAGUUUAGAUGAACAGAAAUAUGAGAGGGAGUCAGCAGAAGAAGGACACUCUGUAGAUCCAGGAAGUGACCAGGUGCAGCUAUUACAGUCAGGAGACACAUCUGAGGUGACCUAUGAAUCUGAUUCAGAGCUAGAUGAUCAGUUGUCUCACAAUGAGACAGGCAAUAGACAGUCGUAUGACUAUGACUCUGAUUCAGAACUUGAAGAUCAUCACUCAAAACUAGAUGAGUCAGAGCAAAGCAAAACGCAGAUGGAUGGCUUUUGUGACGAAGCCACCGAUGUAGCAGAAAGGAAUGAGAGCAGGUCAGAAACAGGUGAAUUCAUGGGAGUUACGGGUCCACGGGAUGAAGAAGAUGAUUAAGAAUGAGGGAAAAUUAGAUUAAGAAUGAGAAGUACAUGUAGGUUUUUGAGAAAGUUUAUGUUUUUUUGACAGGAAAAUGGAGAGGAUGUUUAGGAGGGACGCCCCCCAGGAGAGAGUAAAGUGUGUUAGGUCUCUAAACAAAACUGAUUAUAGAGGAUGUGGUGUAGUUAGCACAAACAGAGAAAGAUGAACAUAUCGUGUUUAUUAACAGAGCAAAAAAUACAAAUGAAGUAAGAAAUACAAAGCUGUGAAGCAAACUGCAUGUACAUAACAUAUCAUACUCUGAUUAAUAGCCACUGACAGAAGGUUUAUGCGCCUUUAUGAGUGGAAAAGUAUGAUUAGGGCGUAGCCUUUUUGAAAAUGAAAUGCAAAAUUAUAUUUAAAGUUUUAGUUUUUUUUACAAAUAAUUGAGAGUUUUGAAUUUGAACUUUGACUCUCUUUUCGGUGUAAAUCUAUGAAAAAUGUGUUAUCGCUCAAAACAUUGCGUGUUUUUCAUGGUUAUUCUAUUAUUUUUGUUUGUUUGUUUAUGGGACAUUGUACCCAAAGUAAUAUUGGGUGUAAUAAUGUAGUUUUUGACAGAUACAAAUUUGGCAAAGCUUGAGUUUUUCAAAUCCUUUCAGUGUUUUUAUGAACCAAACUGUGAUUUUGCCUUUUUAAUGUCUAAUGUUUAGAUUUUUUUUCUAUCUAUAUGCUUUUGUUAUUUCAGUUUUAAGGGGAUGACGUGUUUUUAUUGUAUGACAUUGUAAUGGUGGACACCUGAAUCUGAUUGUGCAAGAUAAAUACAAGAAUAAAAGCUUGAACGCAUGAACCUGUGCAAUGAA